GCGUCGCCAUGGCGACGCUCCCCGCCGGUGCGGGCGCCGGAACCACCUACGUCCUGUGCCCUGUGCGAGCGGCGUGCAACCUGGGGCCGGGGGUGGCCCAGGCGCGGCCUAGGGGCGGCCACCGCGUUGCUGAGGCAGCCUGAGUCCCUGGCGCGGGCCCAGCCGCAGGAAAUGACCUUGAGCUCUGGAAGAAAGACUCCAUUUUUCAUGAUAAAAUGGCAGCGGUGAGAAGCCCUGGCGGAGAAGUAAAGGAUGCCAGGGACCCCUCAGAUAAGGUGUCCCCCCUGCUCCUGCGGAGCCUGGUGGAGGAGCCCAAGAGAAGAGAAGUGCCUAACCACCUGCUCGAGUCAAAGGUUUACGCAAAACUUCUGAAGAAUAAGGUCAUAGAAGCAAGGCCCGGCAUUGUGCAUUUUGGGGGCUAUCAAGUGGAAAAUCAACACCAGCAAACUCUGGCAUCUAAGAGCCACAGCGCCCAUGUGAAUGAGGCCAGAGAGAUCGUUCUAGCAGGAGACACCUCGAAGGCGCAUGCGUGGCCUCGAACAAGUGACUUCCGCCCUGCUGUGGGUUCCUGCCAGCACUCUGCAGAGUUGCGUCUGAGUGGCCAGCACCUGGUCAACAUUUCUGACGAAGACACCCACAUUCAUAUUUUACCUCCGCAGACCAAGUACUUCCAGAUCAGCUAUGUGAAGAAGGAGCACCACCUUGUCCCUGGCCUGUCCCUCAAGGUCACCGUCAUAUUUUCUCCAGAUGAGUGGCGGUACUAUUACGACUGCAUCCGUAUUCACUGUAAGGGAGAUGAGACUUUGCUUGUUCCCAUCCAUGCCUAUCCUGUCAUGAACUCACUGGACUUUCCCAAAUUUAUAAAUCUAUCGAAUGUUCUACUUGGUGACAGCAAAACCUAUGUUAUUCCUUUGCAGUGCAGCUGCCCUGUGGAUUUUGAGUUCCACAUCACCUUGCUCGAGUCUCAUCAAGCCUUUGUGAUCGAGCCAACGUCAGGAAUAAUUCCGGCUAAUGGGAAGAUGAAUGUGACAGUCAAGUUCACACCCUUCCAGUAUGGGACCGCCCAAGUGAAAAUGCAGCUGUGGAUUUCACAGUUCAACUCUCAGCCGUACCAGUGUGUCUUCACCGGAACCUGCUAUCCCAACAUGGCUUUGCCAUUGGAAGAGUUUGAAAGAUUGAAUACCCUUUCCAAGAGGGUGAACGCUCCUCCAGAAAAAGCCAACAUGCACAGACAUUUUUGUCGCCUCCCCGCAAAGAAGCAGCCUCAGAAGAUCAAGGAAAUCGAGUACCAGAACUUGAGAUUUCCAGUAGAUUUGUCAAAUCCUUUUGCGGUGGCAACUGUAUUAAACCAGGAACCAGGGAAGCUGAAGAUCAAAGAAUUAAGAGAAGUUCUGGACCAAGGUACUGAUAUUUCAAAAACCAGACAGAUGAAGGAGGCACUCUUCGAGCAGAAAGUGAGACAGGACACUUACGAAGAGAUGGAAAACCACCUGAAGUGGCAGGUACACCUUGGCAAAGAUCAUAUGUCUUUUAAAAUUAGAAAAGAGCUUACUGAGGAGCGGCAGAGAGCGUACAACAAAUAUAAGCUAGAUAGAGGAGAUCCCAUUUUGGAAGAGGAAUUCCAGCGACUCAAGACGGAAGUGAGCCUGAAACGGGUGGUGCACAAUCUACAAGAGAAGGCCAAGGAAUUCCAUCCCAAUUUCGAUCCACUCAUCAAUAAUACUUGGGCCAACAGGUUCCGGGCUCAGAGACGCUUUCAACAGGCAGCACGCAAGGUCAUGGUUCAGCGACGACUGCUUUGCAUGCUCACCGCUGUUCGAGAAAUGGACAAGGAGAGCAUCAUAAGAAAACUCAGCGAUAAAAAAGCUUCCCUAGACAAAGACAGGACUCCCCCCAAGUCCCUGCCCGGGUUGGGCCAGGACGAUUACUGCAGCCGGUUCUCAGUGUCACCACACGAGGUGCUGCCCUUCGCCUUCCCGGCCUACAGCCCUGCUCAGGACUCCAAUGAGUUGGCUCCUGAUGGCCUUGGACCGGUCCCAAUUAAGUCCUCAGAUAUUCAAAUCAAGCAGAGUUACUCCUUCUUCAAUUUGCAGGUUCCUCAACUCUACAAAAUUAAAGGCUACCAGCCGUUCUCUGUCCACAAGUCUUACACAAGCUACAGGUCUCAGAAGCUCCCGCGGCCCCUGAAGCAAGGAGCUGAGGACGAAGCCACCACCAUCAUAGCCCUUCCCAAGAAGGACAGUGUGGCCACGCCCUCUGGCAUGCCCUCAGUCCUGAGCAUGAAGCCGCCCGAGGCCUUAGCCAUGUCCGUGGAGUAUGACCCACUUUACGUGUUUAACCCCAACCCUGGAUUGUUUGCCGUCAUGCACCCUCUGAGCUACGUGGAGACACUCAUAGAUUACCAUCUCUGCUGUCACCCCAAGUACAAGUUCACCAAGGAGUCCCACGACGGGUCCAGCAUUCCUCUCACCCAAAAGCAGUUUCUCCACCACACGGACAUCAUUCCCGGAGUCAUGCAUUGGAAGAAGUUCCAGUCCCCGCUGCUGGUGCUCCCCUCCCUUCUGGAUGGGUCUAAGCUGGAGGUGACGCAGAGCUCCGACGCCUUCAACUCGGUGAUGCUCCCUGUGGAUGUCCCCACCCCACUGGACGCGUUACCAGAUGAAGACAGACUGGAGACCAGCGAGCGCGAGCUCUGUGAACAGAACAUCGAGGUUAUGCUGACUCCGGAAAUGAUCAAGGCAGAAUUCCCUUUGCUGGACCACAAGGACACCAAGAAGGAGAACCCUGUGCUCUUUGAUACACAGAGAGAUAAAGGACCAAGCGCAGCCAGCAGAGAAGCUGGGGGAAAGGGUACUGGAGGAGGUGAAGACUAUGAGGAGCAAAGCCCUCAGCGCAUACCUGAUUCUAGAGUGACAGCUACCGAGAGGCCAGCUCCUCUCCUUCACUCUCCACGCCCACAGCAGCCCUUAGACCCCUUUACAUCCCUGGCAUGUUUGCAAUUAAAGUUCUCUAGAGGAAAAAAAUGAAAUGUGGAUGAUGCAUAUAUAUUUUAAUUGAACGAUGACUUUUCUUUUGAAAAAUAAAAUGUCAUGAGUAUAAUGGAA